UAUUGCAGAAUACUACAUUUGUGUUACUCUAUUAUACAAAAGAACAAAAUGACAAUUUAUGAGGACAGUGUUAAGCAGCAAGCAGGGAUCGAGUCUGGAGUGUAACGCCACUUAAUUGAAUUAACUUCGAUCUGUAAACAACACUAGUGGAAACACGAGCAUGUGCGCGACUCCUGCGGAGUCAACUCCCUGACUGUCGCAUGAUUUGGUGACGGGAAACUUCUGCGUCCGAGAGUAAAAGUCAGGAACCAAUCGGACAACUAGCAGGUAACAAAAAUGAAACACCAGCGUGAGCUAAUGUGAGUCUCAACCAGAGUAAACGUAACGGGAGUUGAACUCGACGUAUCGACACUGCACUAGGUGAGCGUCCACCCGAGCUGUUUGUACUCUUGUACUCGAGGGAAGUAGCCCGGCUGACGUUAGCACGGCCAGCUAGCAGGUGGAUGCUAAUCGUGUAGCUAGCCGUUAGCUGACGCUGCCACUUGUUGCCGCAUGACAGUUGAGUUCGACGUCGGCAAGUUUGUCUUGACUCGCUUUUGCUUCUUUGAACAUCGAUGUUGAUCGCCAGGCGGGUCUGUCGCUGGGUCGCAGCACACCUCGGGCUCGUCGCCGGGAACUAACGCGUCGGAGCCCGCUGUAGUAACAGCUGUUCUCACUGUGAGACGGCGAAGUGGAAUCGGUCUCUGCUCGGCUCGGUCAACGCGUCCCGAUGAAGUGAAUCGUAUGUCAGUUUUCCAGAUUUCCUUUUGUUGGUUUGUUUUGGCUCGAUAGGUUUGCGUGUCUUGUGUCGGCGAUGGGGGACAUGAAGACCCCAGACUUUGACGACUUGCUGGCGGCUUUUGACAUCCCCGACAUUGACGCCAAAGAGGCCAUCCAGUCAAGUCCCGAGGAGCAGCGGGACGAGGCGGGGACCACCGCGGACGGGAGAGAGAGCGGCUCUUCGUCUGGCUUCCCCUGCUCGCCGGCCUCGGACAGCGACAGCCCCGUGGUCAGUGUCAUCGUGAAGAACACCGGCCGCCCCGAGUCCGUCGAAGAGGAGGAGAAGUCUGUCCGCGAUAAAACAGACGAUCUCUCAUGUGGGGACUUGGCCUCCCGGGUUCAGGUCCACUUGAGUGACCUCAGCUCACAGCUUGGCCCCAAACUGGCUGCCGAUGCUGCCGUGGAGCCCCAGACAGCCAACGGCUUUGAGGGCUCUGUUCCCCGGGAUCGGGGAGCGUGGUCCUUGCGCUCCCCGUUGAGGUCCACCCUGACUGAUAAUGAGGGUGAUGACGAUACAGGAGCUGAGGUUGGAUCGGCCCAGCAUACGACUGAUGUGAUGGACAGUUUGAAGCCCCUCCUCUUUGCCCAGUCUCUGACCUGUGCUGGCCACAACUCCUCAACUACUCGCUCUCCGCACUCCGUCAGCCCUCAACUUUCUCCACGCUCCCCUCAGAAAGAAGAAGCUUGUCUCCUGCGUAAUUCAUCAUCCUCCCCUCUACCACAAAACGGGAGUAUUAAAGCAGGACCUAAGCAUGUUCUGACAUCAGAUGAUGUUGACUCGGAACCAGACUUAGGAAGUCCGCUAGUGAUCCAAGAAAGCCCAGAAUCUCUUCUGUCCUCCCCUCCCAAAUUUAAACUGCAGUCUGAGCUGCUUGGGUCUCCUGACACCACUUCUUGUGACAUUUCUCAUCCUCCUCGUCUCUCAUUUACUCUGGAAUCUGAAAAACCUAAACCCCUUCUUGAGGAUGAGGGGCAGCCUACCACCCCCAGGUCUCCGUGUGCCACUCCUCAGCUGCGGAGCCCAAAGGACUGCCUCCCCCCUGUCAUCACAGCAUCAGUCCAAGAAGAGAAAUACCCAGAGCAUGUGAUUGAUGAGAGGGACUCACCUGAGAGCCCUCCACCCAGUGAGACAGGUCUUUUGGUCCCGAAUAGAAGCAGCAGUCCUGAUUUGGCCCAAACAACUGGUCUAGCAGUGAACCAAACAGAAUUUCAUCACCAAGAAGAGCUCAUUGAGUGUGGGCCUAGCGAAGAGGACAGGACAGGCCGCAUGGAGGAGCUUAGUCAAAAGAUGGCUGGAGAUGGAGAAAAGUUAAACGAGGAGAACACUGGUGCUGGCAGUGGCACAUUAUCUGAGGAUACGGUGUCUGCUGGUCCUGCAGAGAUGGAUCCAUCACCACUGCGCCCCCUCAAAGUUAAAAUCAAAAUGUCUACAGGCAAAAUCACAAGAAAAGUGACUGGGGUGGCACCUAUCAGAAGUGCAAGAGCCACUCCCAGGGCUGUGGAUAGUUCAAAAUCCUCACCAGAAUGUCAUAAUACAAAAGCCAAGAGGGAGUUGGCACAGAGAUCUCAGUCGCCUGCAGUUUCGAUGCUCCAAGAUGCAUGUGCUGCAACACCAGAUGGUUCCAAUACAGUUAAACAAAAAUCUGCAGUGGACACCAAACCUAAAGUUUCUCCCACAGCUGUCAGCAUCACAAAAACUGCAGCCUUGCCCUCCAUCUCCUCCCAUCGCGUCAGCCCAGGUGGGAUCAACCUGCACAGUCUGGGCCAGAAGACUCUAAACAGUGGGGUGAUACUCCCUGCUCCUUCACCUCUGACCGCUCAAAGUGGCGGCAGACCAGCAUCCAUAGUCAACAACACCGGCGCGAUCAUAUCCAAGCGUCAGACCAACCUGGUAGAAGCGUUCAACAAAAUCCUCAAUAGCAAGAACCUGCUGCCCAAUUAUAAACCAGACCUGAGCUCACCUCCUCCUGCAGAGUGGGGCAUUCCUCUGCCUGCACAGGGUUUCCGUUGUUUGGAGUGUGGAGAUGCCUUUGCCCUGGAGCAGAGUUUGGCCCGACACUACGAUCGGCGCUCGCUGAGGAUUGAAGUGACUUGUAAUCACUGCGCCAAACGCUUGGCCUUUUUCAACAAGUGUAGCCUGCUUCUACACGCCAGAGAGCAUAAGGAGCGAGGCCUGAUCAUGCAGUGUUCACACCUGGUCAUGAAAACUGUACCUGUGGAGCAGAUGAUCGGUCAGCAGGAACCCACGGCAAUGGGUGUGCCCUCUCCGACUCUCCUGACUUCCUCUUCAACACAGUCGGUUUCCUCUGUAGGGCCGGUCCCCUCUAACACAAUAUCGCAGUCACACAAAGGAGCAACCAACAAGAAAACGGACCAAGUGCAGCACACGGGCAACAAAUGUCCCGAGUGUCUGGCUCAGUUCAGCAGCAAAGAGGAAGUGGCUGAGCACUUUCAGGAGAUCAAACCAGCGCACACUACCCCAUGCACUGAGUGUUCUCCUCCCAUGCUCCUGCCCAACAGCUGCAGUGGAGCAGCUCAUCAACGCAUCCACCAAGGCUGCUCACCACACGUGUGCCCAGAGUGUGGCGGCACGGCCAAGCAGCCGCGGUUUCAAAUACACCUGGACAAGACCUGUUUGCAUUUUGCCCGCCGUAUCGGAUACAGAUGCUCCAGUUGCCAGGUGGUGUUUGGCGGGCUGAACUCAGUGAAGUCUCACAUCCAGCAGGCUCAUUGCGACAUCUUCCACAAAUGCCCCAGAUGUCCCAUGGCUUUCAAAUCUGCCCCCAGCAUACAGAACCACAUCACUACCCAACAUCCGACACUCACUGAGGGACAGGCAAUAUUGAUCUAUAAAUGCGUCAUGUGUGACACCGUUUUUACCCACAAGCCCCUGCUGUACAUCCACUUUGACACUCAUUUAACCAAUCAGAAGGUGCAAGUGUUUAAAUGCCCAGAGUGCACGAAGCUGUUUUCUCAGAAGAAUUCCCUAAUGGAUCAUUUCAAGACCCACAAGACUCCCACCUUAAAACAAGAGCUGCCUUUGCCUCCAGCUACUUCUUCUCGUUCACGGCCUUCAGUGAAGUCAGAAAGCUCAGAUGCGGAGGAAUUGAUAGAUAAAGACAAAGAACAGAAAGUGAAGAAGGAGAGGAUGAAGACCCCCUCAGGGUGGAAGUGUGCGCCUUGCCAUGCACGCUACACAGACCGGGAAGACUACAUCACCCAUAUGACCGAACAGCACGGCAAGACUCUGAAGAAGUUCCCUUGUAACAAGUGUGAGAGCUCCUUCACCACAACCUCCAGUCUGAGACGUCACAUCAGAGACAAACACAAAGUCAUGAAUCGUGGCUUCCGCUGCCAGUUCUGUACGGCGGGUAAGAAAACAUUCAGCAGUAGAGCAUUGCUGGAGAGGCACGUUCAGCUGAGACACAUGGACACUGUGAGCCAGGACACACUGAUGAGAGGCGGAGAUGAGGCCGACAGCUCCUCAGAACAGGACAGUAGUGUGGGGCCGCGUCGGAGACGGAGGGGAGCCGUGACAGAGAACAUCGAUGAGUCCACAGAUGGGAUGACUCCUGUGAAGAAGUUACGGUCCACCUCCUCUGCACCUGACACACACACGCCUCCCGAUUCUGGAUUUCGCUGUGCCCCCUGCGGCUUCGCCACUGAGGACCAGACAUUGUUCCUCGAGCACAUCAGCCAGCACAGGCGAGGGGGGACAGAGGGCGGUGGCCUGCAGUGUCUGCAGUGUGGCGCCUGCUUCGCGUCCACCUCCUCCUUGGCACGUCACCGCUUCAUCACUCACAAAAUGAGAGAGGCAAACGCUGACAACCAGCAAGCCCUCAGCACGCACCCAGCUCCUUCCCCUGGUAACAGCAGGAACCACGAUGAUAAGAGUUCUCUGGAUUGUUCUGCACCAACAUCCCCCUCCUCUCAGCCCUCCGCAUCUCAGGCAAAGGAGGAUGAGGACACGCUGGCCUGCAAGGUGUGCGGUAAACAUUUCGAAAAGGCAUCAGAUCUGAAUACACACUUCAGAACUCAUGGCAUGGCUUUUAUCAACGCAAGGAACGCGGGGAAAACUACAUAAGGCGUAGGAUACGAGGGGAAGACCAGCGUCGGUAGGUGGAGAUAACGUCUCAAAAUACCCUUUUUGAUUGUCGACUACUCGUGUAAGUUUUGGUGAGUACACUCAUGCACUAAUGUUACCAAAGACUGAACAGAGUUUUUAUGUGAAGAAAUUGUAAAAAAGUAAAAUGUGAUUCUCCCUGGUUGAGAGACCAGCCGUAACCCUCUGACAUUCAGGAUCUAAUGCUGUAUUUCUGUGUUCAGUGAUACUGAUUAGAUCAGCGCUACUUCCCAGUGAGUGGACCGUUAGUCUGACUAGUUCACUGCUGUGACCACGUCAACGGUGUGUGCGAGAGGAGAACUGUGAAUGUUAAAUUCAAAUCCUACUGUGACUGUUGAUCGACAGCAAUGGAAUGUGUCUGAUAUUUGACACUGAUCCUACUGAGGAGGAGGAUUGUCGAACGCCAACCCAGGUGUCAUUUACUGUCAACUCCUUGUUUUUAUAAAUUUUCUAAGGAAUCACUAUGGUGUUUGAGAUUGCGCGCGCGUCGUCACUAUCAAGUGUGUACACUUUUAAGUCAUCGUCAGCCAUUUUCUAGAGCACAUGAUAGCAAAAGUUUCCCAUCUUCAAAGGCAGCCAUUUAUAGGUUUGAUUGGUAAUCAGAUUACAUUGACAUACUAACACUAGAAUAGUGUUUUCUAAAGACUGUAACUUUGGAAAAAGAUAAACAACAUUAUCAUGAGUCGCACUCAGAAUUCUGACACUUUGGAAUACAGUUUUGCACAAAACAAGGACUGUUGUCCCCCAUCACUGUCAGCGAUCUUUAGGAAGGGAUCUCACUGUAUGGACUGGAGGAGUCGGAGGCCAUCGGAUUUACAGUACGUCUGUAUUGUUUAAAGACAGACUUGUACCUAUUGCUAUCAAAUGUUUACCUUACUUGUAUCCUUCUCAGCACAUUUUAUAUUUUUAUUGUCCUGAAGUGAUGUGGACCAAAAAAUGUGAAAGACAAGAAUUGAAUCCACAGACUUAAAACAACGAUUUGGAAAAUGGUCAACGAUGAUGUGACGUGUACACACUUUGUAGUUACUGGCCUCAAACCUUGUUGAAAUUAACAUUUCACAUUAGUUUUCAAGUGAAAUGUUCUGAAUUUACACCAGAUACACUGAUUCAUUCCCUCUCGGGGAACGAGAUGGAAGUAAAAUGAUGUAUGUUUGCUUCUUGGUAUGUGGGCAUAUAUGUUUGUUUAAAGCAUCCUUCAUGACAUUAUUGUAAAACACAACUUUGUAAUCAGUGUGUAUGUGAUUAUGUCUGUUCCCCUAGACUUUCGUAAGAACCUGAGAACAUGUUGAACCUUGUAUUUCAUGGGUUUUUCUACAGUCUUUGGCAUUGCCAAGAAAAUGGAAAACUUGGAACUUGGAAUCCAAAUCUACACAGACAUGAGACUGACACUGGACAGAGCUCUUUACCUAAUCCGUGUCAUGGUGUAAAGGUCUGAGAGGAGAAAUGUUAUUAUGUUGUGAGUGCUGAAAAUAUUUUGUGUGCUGUGUUUUUUGAUUUCUUGUUUAGUGACUGUUUGUCUUAGACAAAUUCAUUGACAUGUCUCAAACCCCAGAAUACAUAGCUCAAGCUAAUAUCCAUGCAUCGAUAUCACUGAGUUUGAAAAAAAGAACUGUUCUUUUAUUGUGCGUUCCUCAGUGAGCUGUGAGCUUGUGUUUACUUUCUCAGGAGAUCAUCCAAUGCUUUACAACUCCUAUUUACCUUACCCUUUUCAGUUUUUUUGCAUUGACAAGGCAAUUUCUAACCAAAUGUUUAUAAGAGAAAAUUAAUAAAAAACUCACACAUUG